AUAAAAUAAAUGAACAGGAAAUGGUGGUAUUUUAACAAAUUGAAAGAAAAGCACUUAAAAUUAUUUCUUAGUGGAAAGAGUACAACCGGCGCUUCAUCAGUGCUGACGCUCUCAGCUCAUUUCCCUCUUAUCGUUUCCUCGUUUCUCUCUUUUUUUAUUUUUUUGAAAGUUCUUAAUUUAUCUUUAAAUUUUUUAUCCUGCUAUAUAUUUACUUGUAGAGAAUAUUAAGAAUAUAAGCUCUUCGGGCAACCUUCAAAUAUCAACUCCAAUGACUGCCGGUUGAUACAACGAUAGUCGGCGUUUCUCUCACUCUUUUCUUUCUGCCAUACACGCGCUAAAGUUAGUGGAUUUAUCUUAUUCUUCCCCUAAACGGCAACCAAAAUGAAUAAUUUCAUAGGAUUAUUCUCUAAGCCCAAUCUAACCAUUCAGAUUCAGGUCUAGCCUUGGAGAAAAAAGACAUACUAAGUAGAGUAUGAUGAUUAGUAGAAGAUUUUUCUGGGGGUUGACUUGUUGCCACUGUAGGCUCUACUCUCAGCCUUCCCUUUAUCAGUUUCGAAACUUCUCUCUUUGGUCAAUGAAGAAAGACCCAGAUCUUGAAUCAGCCCUUUCACGAAAUCGUCGUUGGAUAGUCAACAAUCAGAUUAAAAACAUAAUACUUAGAUGCACAAACCAGGUGGCACCUGUGAAGCAUCUUCAGAAGAAGUUUAAGACUCUUGAUCUUCAAGGCAAAGCUCUCAAUUGGCUCAAGAAGUAUCCCUGUUGCUUCGAAGUUUAUCUUGAGAAUGAUGAGUAUCAUUGUAGAUUAACAAAGCGGAUGAUGCAUUUGGUUGAAGAGGAAGAAUCAGUGAAAGAUAUGCAGGAGCCAGUAUUUGUACAGAAAUUGGCAAAGUUGUUAAUGAUGAGCAUGAAUCAGAGGCUUAAUAUUACAAAACUUAAUGAGUUGAAACACAGUUUUGGAUUUCCAGAUGACUACAUUAUUAGAAUUUUACCCAAGUAUCCAGAUAUGUUUCGACUUGUUAAUAAUGGUUGGAGGAAGAGUUCAAUGGAGAUUGAACUUCUGGCAUGGAGCCCUGAUUUAGCAGUUUCUGCUGUUGAAGCCUCAGCUCAGAAACAGGGAUUGGAGCCUUGUUUUUCAUGUUCAUUACCUUCAUCUUGGGUUAAAUCAUGGCAGAGGUUUCAAGAAUUUAAUGCAAUUCCCUACGUCUCACCUUAUUUAAAUCCUAGAGGUUUAGAGGAGAGAUCAAAGGAAAUGGAGAAGAGAAUUGUGAGCAUUGUGCAUGAGUUGUUGUCAUUGACCCUGUGGAAGAAGUUAUCAAUUGUAAAGCUAGGCCAUUUUAAGAGAGAGUUUGCUUUACCUGAGAAAUUGAAUGUUUUGUUGCUCAAGCACCCUGGCAUAUUUUACGUGUCCAAUAAGUAUCAGGUUUACACUGUGCUCCUUAGAGAAGCUUAUAAUGGGCCAGAAUUGGUUCAUAAGGAUCCACUAGUCAUUGUGAAGAAUAAAUUUGGUGAAUUGAUGCAGGAGGGGCUUCACGAAUAUAACCAGAGGCGCUAUGUAGUGAAUUUGGAAAAGAAGAGGAAAGGCAUGAAUUUGGUAAAGUCAGAGAGAAGGAAAGAUGGAAAUGUUGAAAUGUCUGAUCAAGAUGAUAGUGGUGAUAAGUUAGGAGGUUUAUUUGACCCGGAAGAGAGAAAACGAUUUUAUAAAGUUCUCUUUGAUGAAGGGGAUUGAUAAAAUUAAUAUGAGGCGAUUUUAAUAUCAUACUCUUUGGAUCAAGGGAUGAAGAAAACUACAAACUAGCAAUCAACAAAGAAUGGGGAAGGCUACUCCAGCAGCACCAACCACUCCUCGAGCUGAAAACUUAAAUAGUUGAAAUAUUGAAUGUUGUGAGGGACUCUCUUGGCUAGCCAAUGCUCUACCGAAUUCCUCUGUCAAUCAAUGCUAGAUAUCUUCCAGUUCCAAUCACUAAAAAGCAUGUUUCUGACGGCUAUAACUAGGUUAAGGUAAAUGUGAUUGUCAGGUGCUGCAAAUUUUAUCAUUCCAACUGAAGUUUCUGAAUCAGAUUCAGUUUCUUCAAGCCCCAUUCUGAGCGGCUUCAACUCAACUCCAAUAUGGAUACUCCAAAGUUCUUAUUUUCAACUCUAUCCCCAUAUUUAAUAGCUCUUAUUAUGGAGAUUAAAUUUUUUUUUUCCUUACCAAUAGUUUGUUUCUUUUGUGGGUAAUUAGCAGAAAUUUGCACCUUUAAAUUUGUAUAACUGUUGGCGAUAGAUUUUUGCCAUGUAUUAUUAGUUAUAAUCCUAAAUCAUCAACUUCCAUUGUUGUUCCAACUAGUGAGAAAGCUUUGUCAAGGUAGCACUUUCAUUUGAUUUUAUUAAACCUAAUAGGUCGUUUAUCUUUGGUAGAUGAGAUCUUGAUUCUUGACAAACCCAGAUCCAAAGUUGCGAUCAAAACCAGACCCACCCAUCUGAUUUAAGAAUGGUCCAGAUACGUGCGCUGUAGAGAUUGGUAUGUCCAAAACUGAACAAAUCAAUCAAGCUGGACUGAUGUCUGAACGACUUCCAUUGUAAAAGGAAACUGAACCUUUUUAAAAAUAAGUUUUUUUAAUUAAAAAAAAAUCUCAGUCGGUAAAUUUGUUUGGAGACGUGUACUAGAUCUGAGUUUUUCCCUCUUCUUUUUUAUGAUUCAUCAUUAGCAUAACCCAAA